GAUGGGAAACGGGUCGGGUCGGGUCUAGUAUUGGACAAAAUCGGGCCAGUGGACGGAUUUUCUGCCACGUGUCUCAUUUGUUCUCCCAAUCCAAUCCAUCUCCCGAAAAGCUAAAAAAAAGAAAAAGAAGAGAAAACAAUGCCAUUCUAAACGAUUUCAACCCGGAACUGGUACAUAUUCUACAUACGAAAUCGAUAAUGGAGGAGGGACUGAUCAAGCGGCUUGAAGCCGCGGGGGCGAGGGUCGAGGCGGAGGAGGGGUUUCUCUAUCCGGUGGUGGAGAUUCCGGCGUCGAUGACACGGCUUCGGGUCCGGCGAUUUUUGGCGUACGAAGGUCUUAUAGCCCAAUGCGUCGGUAGAUUUUAGAGCUCGGCUGGUGGUCAGGUGCUUGAUGCGAGUAAGAUCGUCGCCGAGGCUUUUUAUAGUCAAAUCUGUUAAUUAUUACAGUCGAAAGAACGACAAGAUCAAGCAAUAUGUGGGGUCCACUCCUCUCCACGUUGAAACGGUCAAUUCUCUGUCUGUCUCCCGUCUCAGUCAUCAGCAGUUCGGCAGUGUGUCGACUCGUCCAACAAUCUGUCUGACUUCAUCUUCUCCUUCCUUCGGAAUUCCAAAACCAGGGUCUCGACCUAUCCGAAAUGGAGAAGCUUCCUCUCUAGCCUUGUCUACCCACCCUUGAUCAUCAUCCGUAUCUUUGUCUCCGGUAGACGGAGAAAGCAAAGAAGCAAAGACAAAUGUCGGUCGCCGAACUCAAGGAUCGCCAUGCUGCCGCCUUAGAGACCGUCAGCAACCUCCGUGAGCGGCUCCGACAGAAGCGUCUCCACUUGCUCGACACUGAUGUGGUGGGUUAUUCGACGGUGCAGAAGCGGACUCCGGUGAGUUUCGAACCGACGGAUCUGGUUUGCUGUCGGACUCUUCAAGGUCACACUGGCAAGGUAUAUUCGCUAGAUUGGACUCCAGAGAGGAAUUGGAUUGUCAGUGCUUCUCAAGAUGGGAGGUUAGUUGUGUGGAACGCUCUAACGAGUCAGAAAACUCAUGCCAUAAAACUCCCUUGUGCUUGGGUUAUGGCAUGUGCCUUCUCUCCGACUGGUCAGUCAGUUGCAUGCGGUGGAUUAGACAGUGUGUGCUCUAUCUUCAACCUCAAUUCAACAACAGACAAGGAUGGGAAUAUACCUGUUUCAAGAAUGCUUAGUGGUCACAAGGGGUAUGUUUCUUGCUGUCAGUAUAUCCCAAAUGAAGAUACUCACCUAAUCACCAGUUCAGGCGAUCAAACUUGUGUUUUAUGGGAUAUUACUACUGGUCUCAAAACUUCUGUUUUUGGUGGGGAAUUUCAAUCUGGGCAUAGCGCUGACGUACUAAGUGUCUCGAUCAGUGAGUCAAACCCAAGAACGUUCAUAACUGGUUCAUGUGAUGCCACUGUCCGCUUGUGGGACACUCGUGUUACCAGCCGAGCAGUCCGCACAUUUCAUGGGCAUGAGGGAGAUGUUAAUACAGUCAAGUUCUUUCCAGAUGGGUAUAGAUUUGGGACCGGCUCAGAUGAUGGAACAUGCCGGUUGUACGACACUAGAACCGGACACCAACUAGUUGGGGGGGGGGGCGGCGGCUUGAACUAAAGACCAAACCCGGACAAGA